AUGAAUGGCUUGAGCACCCGAGCGCGUGAUGCGGUGUCGGGUGCGUGUGGUGUUGUCGAAGGAAAUGACGAUUUAUCUCUUCCAAAAGCGACCGUACAAAAGAUCAUCAACGAAGUACUCGCGACGAACCCCUCACUCAACACGGAUGGACAACAAGGUGGUAUGGCGUUCGCCAAGGAGACCCGCGAUGUCCUGAUCGAUUGCUGCGUCGAGUUCAUCACCAUGCUCUCCUCCGAAGCCAACGAGAUCGCCGAGAAGGAUGCGAAGAAGACAAUUGCUUGUGAGCACAUCACGAAGGCGUUGCAAGAGUUGGACUUUGGGGAAUAUGUGCCGGAGUUGUUGAAGCAGGCGGACAGUUUUAAGAGCGCUGCUGCACAUCGCGAGAAGAAGCAGACGAAGAUCGAGCAGAGUGGAAUGACCAGCGACGAGCUCAUCCGCGCACAGGAGGAGCUAUUCAAGUCGGCCGGCGAGAAGUACAACGCUGCACCGCAAGGAUGA